GGCGACGACACCACGUGAUCGCAGAUGAGGAGGAGGGGGCGGAGGACGGCGCUGAUCAGCAGUCGGAGGCGGAAGGGGGUGAGGCGAACGUCGACGACGUUGACAGCGCGGAGGAUGGUAAUUAUGCGGAACAAGAAGCUGAGGAACAGAAUGGUGGCAGCGCCAUAACAGGAGGGCUUAAUAUCCGCGGCAAUAAUCGGGGUUCUUCCUCGAGCAAGAUGGAGCAAGAGCAAACUGCUGGAGCACCGCAAUCGGCUACCGAGCAGCAGCAGCAGCAGUCAUCUUCUGGCAACACACUGACAGGGCUGGUGCAGCAACACAACCCACUAGGGCAGCAACAACUCGGUUUACAACAACUAUUCCGCGAGCGGCCGAAAUCGGCGAGCGACCAACGUCGCGCAUCGAGUCCGGGGAAUCGGAAAACCAGACCACGGAUAUCAAGUGUAAAAAUGUCUGGGUCUGGAAGAGUUCAUGUGUGUCAUGCUUGUCUGGCAUGCGCAUGACUCUCAAAUCUGUCAUGCACGUUACCCAAGAGCGUCAUUUUUCUGUCAUGCAGAAACUCAGUUUGUCAUGCAGAAUAGGCAACACCUAGAAGCUCAGAAACUUGUCAUGCUGGGCCAGCACUUGUGGCCUCCUCAUGAUACGCCACCCAGCAUCACAAGUUUCCAGACCCAGACACUUUUGCAUUUGAUAACGGAAGCCAUUGAGCAAAACCAACACGGUCUUGUCGCCACUCGAGCGGAGGAUGCAGUUGCUGCAACAAGCGACUAACCAGCUGAACGGAAGUUCAUCUACUGCCGCGGGAGCAGGGAUUAUAACAGCUUCUGGCACUUCGCCUAGCAAGAAGAGAAAGAAGAACAAAUCGGGCGCGGCCAGUGUCGCGAACGCCGCUUUGGAAUUCCUGCAAGAGCACCGAAUGACGCGACAGCAGCAACAGCAAGAGAUGUUCGGCGGUCCGGACUCUGCGAAAGAUGGUGGGGGGAAUUCGAGGCCAAGCUCCCGGGCCGGUGGGAACACCAAUAAUCCGAACGCGGCGGACGCGGCCACUCCGCGGAUGAUUUCGAUGCGCGAAUCCGCCCGGGUGUACAACGACCAGCAAAUGAACGGCUUUUCUUCCUCCUCCACCGGGUUUCACAACAUCCAUCAGCACAACAACGCUACUGGAGGUGGUAGCGACUUCCCGAUGAGUGCCUCCCAGAUUUUGCUGCAAAAGAACACGAAGAGGAAUUCCGGGAGCAAAAGCUGGCGCACCAGAUCGGACGGGUUUCAAACCAUGCUGCACAAUAAGGAGGAGAAAGAACAGCGAACGCACCAUAGCACCAGAAAUCGACACCAGUCGGACAACGACAUAUCCGACGCGGAAUCAGAAGAUUCGCAGACGAAAAAGCAAGAGGAGGCCCGCGAAUUGCUCGCCACGUGGCGGAAGUUGCAACGGGAAAAGCCGUAUCAGAUCGCGAACUUGCGGUGGGGCGGCAAUAGGCAGUCUGACGGGUACAAAGCGCUGAUGGCACGGAACGACUUUGUCAUGGGUAGUUCUGGUGCAGCGGGGAACAGCAAUAGCAAUCAGAAAAACAGUUCUGACAGGGAUUUGGUGAACAACGCAGCCAACCAAAUCCGAGAUUUCGCCUCAGACAACUACCAGGGGACCAAUUUAACCAAAAUGCACAACUUUGGCCUCGGACAGAAUCCGCAGAAUAAAAUCAUGAAUAAAGGCACAACUACUUCAUCGUCGAAGGAAAAAGCGGGCGCGAGUUACUGGAAAUUUAUCAACUCGAGACGACCGUCCUCCGCUAUGCGGGCGAAGAACGCGAAUGGGAACAAUGGCAAUAGCGGACAACUUAUGGAUUGCAAAUAUUUCCGGGUCUGGAUGUGUGUCAUGCUUGUCUGGCAUCCUGAAACGUUUGUGAUGCAUUACUUGUCAUGCAAAAACGCAGUUUGUCAUGCGGAAAGUGCAAAACUAAGUAGCGCAGAUAUUUCUCAUGCUUGGCUGUGCAUUACAGAGCUUUCACUAUUUCCCACCCAGCAUUACAAGUUUCCAGACCCAGACAUAUUUGCAUUUGAUACAACUCAAUAACGCAUACGAUUUGAACAAUCUAAGUCCCAGCCACCACGUGUUGAACCCGCGGCCGAGAUCAGGUGGUGGGAAUAAUGGAAAUUCUUCUCCACAACCGAAGAAAAAGAAGAAGAAGAAAAAGCUUUUGAUCAACCCGGACCACAUCCCGCCAGAAACCGACCAGUUCAUACCCGUGGGAAUGAGCAACGACCCUGUGGACCUGCAGAAGCAGAAGGAAAGACUGAAAAAGCCCCGGGAAAAACCGCCCCCGAUUUUCUCCAUGCCCGCGUAUGAAUUAGACGCGAACGGCAUGAUAAAGUUUGUCGACGGGGACGAAUCCGUCUUGUUCGAACAGAAUCCACACUUGAAAGAAGCGUUGUUGCGGGAACAAAUGAAUUCGCCCAUAGGUGGUAGCUCCGGUGUUGCGAUGGGAACUAAUGGCAACGCGGUGGGUGGAACGCUCAAGCUGCGAAGGAAAAAAUCUUUGUCCAAGGAAAAGCUGACGGCGGAGCAGGUACUUGCGAUUUUUUUUUGCUUUUUAAGAUUUGCAUUUAAAGGAAAAACAGAUCGAGGGGCUCGAUUCGAGAUCAGGACUUUGAGAGCUGCUCUAUGCCUUGUACGUCUCUGUGAUCGAGGAAUUUAUUUUCAUCAAUGAACCGCAACAUAAGUAAACUCCGGGAAAAAAACUACAACAGGCCGCCGCCUCCACAGCUGCUACGAUUGGGGCUGCGAUUCAAAAAAACCAAGGCCACCAGCCUACCGCCCAGGAGAUGCUUGCGGAAAUGGCGGCCUCCGCGGCGGGUUACGCCGCGAAGCGCGCCGCCAAAAUGAAUUCCUCCACUUUCGACGGGCACGGCAACCUGAUCGAAAUUCCCCCGCCGCCGCCGCCAAACGUGGCCUACCUCGGACAAAAUUCCGCCAACCUUCAGAAUCAGAUCCUGAGCAACAAGCAAACCAACCUCGGCUCCGAACACACGGACCUGCGGAAAGCGCUGGGACGGAAGUUUUCCCGCAGCAUUCUGAACAUCAGCGCUGUGGGGACGAUGAAUGGCGCAACCGAGAGUUGUGGGGAGGAAGGGGAAAACGCCGGACCUCUGUCGCUUGAGACCGCUGCAGAGAAGAUUCUGAGCAACGCCGACAAGCCAACCUUGCUGAAGAAGCAAAGGUCAAAGGAGUUCAGCGGAACUUCGAUCAAGGUUGAGAAACAAGACAGCCUCACCAAUGCAGUUGAGGCGGAGCUGUCUGGAGGUGCAGGAGCAAUUUCGUCCUCGUCGUCUAGCAAAGAAAAUCCAACUUCUAAAGGUGCUACUACUAGUAAGGCAACUGCAAAAGGAGCCGCCGGUUAUUUUGACAACAAGCAGGACCAGCUGAAUCAGAGCACGGGAAGUUUUCUGUUCUACGACGGAAAUAGUACAACUACCGCGGUGGAACAACAGCACCACCAAGGUGCUGUUGCGAUAAACCAGCACAAGUCUACUACCGCCAAUAAAUCGUCGCAGCUCCACCAACAGUUGUCACACCCCCAACACGCGGCGAAUCAUCAAGUCUCUCUGGAAACGGUGCCCUCGAUUUUUGUCGUACCCGAGGAGCGGUGGGAACCGAAGUCGACGAAAUUGCAAAAGAAGAUGGAGAAAAAGCGACGACAGAGGGAAAAGGAGAAGAUGAAUGCGAAUUGGGGCAGUGGUGGUGCACAGAGCGGCGUUUUUAACGCAGCGGAAGGCACGACUGGCGACCAAGAGAAUGGGUUUUUAGUAGACGCACAAAAUAAUUACCCAGAAAAUAAUAGCCAAACAGCAUCUGGUCAACCUUCGCAGAAGGAGAGGCCCGCAGUUAUGACUUGCUCAUGUCUUACAAUCUCAAACGUUACUUUAGAGUCUGGAUUUUGUGAUGCAAGUCGUGCUUCAUCUGGCCUACUCUCACAGGAACUACACGCAUGACAACUUCUGGAGCCUCAAGCCCCACUAGAGCAAUCCGGCGAAACUUGUAAUGCGAAAAGCGCAAGUCUCGGUAUGGUACUCAUGCUGUUCAUGCAAGACAAAUUCCAGACUCUCUACUGUAACGUUUGAGAGUGUGACACCUGAGGAAGGCAUAGCAGUUCGGUUUUCCGAGCACGUGGACUCCUCGAUCGAAGACGCGAAUUUUACAAAUCUUCCCCCCAAUAACCCUAUGCAAGAAAAAAACUGUGUAAUUGUAAAUCUGUGAUGCAGAGAAUGCAAAACAGUUUACACUUGUCAUGCUCGACAUGCAUGACCGGCUCGUUUCCUAUGUGUCUUCCCUUCCUAGCUGCGCAUAACAGGUUUUUGCUGUCAUUGCAGACAAACUUGUGAUGCUGUUUUCCCAAAAGACUUACACUAACACAGUUUUUUUCUUGGAUAAACCCCACCCUACUCGAUGUGGCGGAGGGCGGGAAAUCCGUUGUCCCGGUGCCUGUCGCAUCGGCGAAGGGUCUGGAGACCACAGGCAGCUUUUCGGUAGUGCCCCACAUCGUCACUGGAAGUAGUACGGGAGGUGGAGGACAAAAAGCGGAACAGAAAAGUAGCAGAAAGAGUAGUAAGUCGAAGAAGAGCUCGAGCAGUUCUUCUAAGUCGUCGAAAAAUAAUAAAUCCAGUAGUAGUAUGCGUAUGGGAGUGUCAGGAUCGAAAUCGACAAAGUUGAAAAAAUUUGCAAUGCCUGAAAUUUAUACCAGUUGGGCCCACAGUUUAUAGGCGGCGCCUGACAAAUUUUCUUUCCCUCUAAAGCAAGUCUGUCAUGCUGUUUAGGGCAAAUGGGCUCCCGUCUGUUAUGCUUAUCAGCAGCACAAUUCUCGACCCUUACCAGCACUACAAUCUGCCUUCCUUGCGUCCUCUGCAAUGGAGACAAUUUUUGCGUUGCAUUUAUUUAUGUAUGGCAAACUAUUUCAAGUUUGACGAUUUCGAUUCUGACACCCCCAUAAGUAGUGGUGCGAAAGUCGAGGAGCCGAAGGAUUACUUGGACAAAGCGAUGGCGUACGGCUUGGAUUUGUACCGCGUUUUGCGCGAUACGACAAACGAGGACUUGGCAGAGUGGUGUUUAAACAACCCAAUGGUGGCGAAGAAUUCGCACAUUUACAUCCUAGGACAACUGCACUACUCGAAGUACGACGCGAUCAACAUGGCGAAGGUACUUUUUCAUUAAGACGAUCCGUGAAUAACACUAAGCUCCUAUCGUGUUUCCAUCUGUUCUUGAUCAUGUCAUGAGAUCAUAAAAGCCCGCAGUAGAGCAUGAGAAACAAUAAAGACCACCACGUUGUGUGACGCUCUACGCCUUGCAGUCGGGUAACUAGUAAUUCACCCCGCACCGAAUACCAACUGAAAAAAAGGUAUUCCGGCGUCUGCAGCCCCACAUCGUUGGGCUGGAAGCGCCUUUGGACGGUCGGGAAACGUGGAAGGGCUUAGCGGACGCCUUCCGCCGCGAGGCGCUGCGUGAGGACUUCGGGCUGCAUUUCUUGAACGAGAUUGCAAGGAAGGCGAAAACGGAGAAGACUGAUAAGAGCGUACUUAUCUUCUGGUGAUUCUUUACUUUAGUGGAUAUGGAUGUUUCAUCAGCGUGUUUUUCUACUUUUUUUCGGAGCAACAUUUAUUACAUGGUAGCAUGAUUCACAAGAGUUCUUGCAUAACUUCCACGUCAUUUUAAAAAGGUUCUCUCCAUCUGCAAUUCUUUUCCGGUCGCCAUGCCCAAGUACCUCGCCGGCCCGAGUUGCCGGAUCCUCCACAUUGACUCCAACCGCCAGCUAUCAAAUGCAAAAAUGUCUGGGUCUGGAAGGUUGGAACUUGUGAUGCUAACUUUGCACUCUAAAAAAUCUGUAUUGCAUGACCAGCAAUAGGAGCCCAGUUUGUGCUACGCGGGGAGGCCAUUUGUCAUGCGGGAUAGGCAUCAGGAAGGCCUCUAAAAAUAUGUGAUGCCAGAUCAUGCAUUACAGACAUCCUGAGUCAUGUAAAAUAUGCAUGACAAACCUGGCAACCUUCCAGACCCAGACAUUUUUACAUUUGAUAUCAGCUCGCGUUGCAGGCGUGUGAGCUCCUGAAGCAACAGUCUUUGGCGCACUACUUGCGGAUCGUCUGCGAUUUGUCCGAUACCGAGUUAGACCGAUUGGUACAGCUCGGCGGCGGGGGGUCUAGUGGUAAUUCCAAUUCUGCACCCGUUUCCUCCGCGCAGAAGCACCAGGCCCGACAACUGCAAGAAAACAAAACCGCGGAACUGUCGUACGACAUCGUGCCGACCCACCGGCUGGCGUUCAUUUUGCGCGAGGUGGCUCUGAAAACGGAGCCGAAAAACACGUCGGACAUCAUAUUCCACCGGCGCGAAGAAUCGAUGGCUAGUACUUUGGUAGGCUUCGACGGUCGAGUGCUGGCUGUGGUGGGCUGCCAGCACAUUGCAGGGUUGCAGAAAGAGCUGGAAAAAUUGGGGUAUAGCAACUGCAACACGGCGGCAGAUGCGAGGGGGAAUUAG